AUGGAGGCGGAGAGGGACGCCCUCCUCGCCUUCAAAGCCGGCAUCCUCGACCCAUCCCGCCGCUUGUCCUCGUGGCGUCGCCCAGUGGACUGCUGCAGAUGGAGCGGCGUGGUGUGCGACAACACCACGGGCCACGUCGUGCAGCUCAACCUCCAGAAUGCGGAUGCUUACUACGACAAUUCGACGGUGUUGGGGGGUGAGAUCGGUCCAUCUUUGCUUUCUCUAACUCAUUUGCGUCGCUUGAAUCUCACUCAGAACGACUUCGGGGGCGCCCGAAUCCCCAAGUUCUUGGGUUCUUUUGGGAGACUCAGAUAUCUGGAUCUCACUUAUUCCAAUUUCGACGGAGCCAUUCCUCCCCAGUGGGUAACCUGUCAACCCUCCGCUAUCUUGGUAGAUGGUAGCAAAGGACUCUAG